CAUUAAUUUUUAUGUGAUUCCAUGCAACGAAACUACCUAAGAUACAAAUAGAUUCUAGAUAAUGUUCAAGUCAUUCCCACGUCACCGCGCCCCGGCCCGGCACUGGAGCCAAGGUCGAGCUGAACGGAUACCGUAUAUAACGAGCCACCGGACGGACAGAAGGCAGUACAGCUCUGUACAGCUCACAGUCAACAUGGCCUACGUCAAGGUGCUGACCGCGUGUGCGCUGGUGGCCGCUGCUAGCGGAGCUCCCAGCACACCCCUGGCCUACGGCCACGGUUACGCCCAUGGCUACGCCGCCUCUCCUGCCGCCUACGGCCUCGGCUACGCCGCCGUCGCACCGGCGCCCGUCGACGUGGUGGUCGGCCACGCUCCGGUCGCCAAGCCUAUCGAGGUGGUCGACUACGUGAACCCGCACCCCAAGUACGACUUCAGCUACGGCGUCUCGGACGGCUACACGGGCGACCACAAGUCGCAGGUGGAGAGCCGCGACGGUGACGUCGUGCGCGGACAGUACCGUCUCGUCGACCCCGACGGCACCGAGCGCGUCGUCACCUACACCGCCGACGACUACAACGGAUUCCAGGCCACCGUCGAGAAGCGCCCUCUCGGCUACACCGCACCCGUGGCUGCCCACGGCUACGCUGCCGCCGUUCCGGCCGUGGCUGCCCACGGCUACGCCGCCGCUGUUCCGGCUGUGGCUGCCCAUGGCUACGCCGCCCCCGUUCCGGCCGUGGCUGCCCAUGGCUACGCCGCCGCCGUUCCGGCCGUGGCUGCCCAUGGCUACGCCGCCGCCGUGCCGGCCGUGGCCGUGCACGCCGCUCCGGUGGCCGUCUCCCACCAGUCGGUCACCAAGUCGGAGGGUUACGAUGUGCCCGUCGUCAAGGAGACGGUGCACACGGCGCCCGUCGUGGCCAAGGCGGCGCCGGCCGUCCACGCUGUCCACUCUGUGCACGCCGCGCCGGCCGUGCACUCUGUGCACACCGUGCACGCCGCCCCUGCCGUGCACUCCAUCAGCCACGGCUAUUAAACAACUCCUGUACUUUCUGUAAAAAAUGUACAACUAUCCAAAGAAACUGUGUUGCCACUGUGAAAUGUACAGAGCUGUAUGCUCCGUAAUUUGAUGAUCUUCCCUUCUGAAUGUUGUGUCGUGUUUAAUACAUGCCAAGACUGUA